AAUUCCAUGUAUGCAUGGAUGAAGAGACUGACUCUCUCUCUCUCUCUCUCUCUCUCACGUACAAAUAGGUAGAGAUCAGAAGCGCGCGCGCGCGUAGCUGGUUGGCAAGUUACAAAAGAAGCUGGCUUUAGAGACCACACCAAGCUAGAGUUUUUAAAAGAUGGCGCAGAAGGAGAAGUUGGUGGUGAAGUGGCGGUGGUGGUGGCCUCUAGCACUAGUUUUGACGGCGGCUUGGGGCGGUGCCCAGGGAGGCAAUGUCACCUACGAUGGCAGGUCUUUAAUCAUCAACGGUGAACACAAAAUCGUUUUCUCCGGUUCAAUUCACUAUCCUCGCAGCACUCCUGAGAUGUGGCCUUCCUUAAUUUCCAAAGCCAAGCAGGGAGGCAUAGAUGUCAUUCAAACUUACGUAUUUUGGAACCUUCAUGAGCCUAAACAAGGCCAGUAUGACUGCAGUGGAAGGCGUGAUAUAGUGAGGUUCAUCAAGAAGAUCCAAGCACAAGGUUUAUAUGUCACCCUCAGAAUUGGACCUUUCAUUGAGAGUGAAUGGACUUAUGGGGGUUUGCCCGUUUGGUUGCAUGACAUUCCGGGCAUUGUUUUUAGAUCAGAUAAUGAGCCAUUCAAGUAUCAAAUGCAAAAGUUCACCGCCAAAAUUGUAAACUUGAUGAAAUCCCACAAUCUUUAUGCUUCACAAGGAGGGCCUAUCAUACUGUCACAGAUCGAGAACGAGUAUGGCACGAUUGAACCGGCUUUUCACGAGGGAGGACCACGCUAUGUUCAUUGGGCAGCACAAAUGGUCGUGGGGCUUCACACUGGUGUGCCCUGGGUUAUGUGCAAGCAAGAUGAUGCUCCUGAUCCGGUGAUCAACGCGUGCAAUGGUAUGGAAUGUGGGAGAACAUUCAAGGGACCUAACUCGCCUCAUAAACCUUCAAUCUGGACAGAGAACUGGACAAGUUUCUAUCAAGCCUUUGGUAAUGAACCGUACUUGAGAUCAGCUGAAAAUAUUGCGUAUAAUGUUGCCUUGUUCGUUGCAAAGAAGGGAAGCUAUGUCAACUACUACAUGUACCACGGAGGAACCAAUUUUGGAAGAACAUCUGCUACUUUUAUGAUUACGGCUUAUUAUGAUGAAGCCCCUCUAGAUGAAUAUGGUUUAAUUAGGCAGCCAAAAUGGGGGCAUCUCAGAGACCUACAUGCUGCGAUCAAGUCCUGCUCAAAAACUAUACUUUCUUCUACCCAAGCUACCCUCAGCUUGGGGGGGCAACAAGAAGCCUAUGUUUUCAGAGAGAGCAAAACAGAAUGUGCUGCCUUUCUGGAAAAUAAAGAUAACAGAGAAGUCACCGUCCGAUUUCAUAGCAUUCCAUAUAAACUACCUCCAAAAUCAAUUAGCAUUCUCCCAGAUUGCAGGAGUGUAGCCUUCAACACUGCCAAAGUAAAUGCAAAAUACAGUACCAGAACAAUGAAACCUGUAGUACAUUUUAAAUCAGCUGAACAAUGGGAAGUGUACAAAGAAGCCAUUCCUAGCAUCGUUCACACUACCUUAAGAGCAAACAGGCUAUUAGAUCAGAUCAGCACGGCAAAAGAUAAAUCUGACUAUUUGUGGUAUAUUUUCAGGUUUCGUCAUUCAAAUUCUCAAUCGUUUCUCAGUGCAUCUAGCCAUGGACAUAUCUUGCAUGCAUUCGUCAAUGGAGUUCUAGCAGGUUCUGCACAUGGAAUUCACAACAAUGUAUCUUUCACCAUGAACCGCAAUAUCAAAUUGAGAAAAGGAGUCAACCAUAUUUCCUUCCUCAGUGCAACAGUUGGAUUGCCGGAUUCUGGAGCACACCUAGAGCGCAAAGUUGCUGGAUUGCGCAGUGUCAGAGUUGGUGAUAGAGAUUUUAAUCAUCAUACCUGGGGAUAUCAGGUUGGGUUAUUAGGAGAAAAGUUGCAAAUCUAUACAGUUACUGGAUCAAGUAAAGUUCAGUGGAAAAGGCUCGGAAGGUCAACAAAUCCACUGGGGUGGUAUAAGACCACAUUUGAUGCACCACCAGGAAAUAAUCCGAUAGCACUUGAUCUUGGUUCUAUGGGGAAGGGUGAAGUUUGGGUUAAUGGGGAGAGUAUUGGCCGUUAUUGGGUAUCAUUCGUCACGCCGAAAGGGAAUCCUUCACAGAGAUGGUACCAUAUCCCUCGAUCCCUCCUGAAACCUUCUGGAAACCUACUAGUUCUGUUUGAAGAAGAAACAGGAGACCCCCUUAGGAUUUCUCUGGACACAGUCACAUUGUCAUGAAUGAAUAUCAUUGCAUAUCUGGAUUCAAGGGAAUGCUCUAUCCUCAAUCACGCACUUGCCUUGUUAAUACAUGAUAUGAUGUGCACUACAGAGAGACUGUGAUUCUAUUUAUCUCUCGCAUUUGGAUUAGGGUUUUGAUUAUCCCAAAAAUACGAGAAUUUCAAGUCUCCAAUUCUCCAUACAGACGAGCAACAUUGUCUUCUCCACCGAGAAGAAUUUGUUUUUCAAAUUGGUAUUUACUUUUGGUGAAAGAGUUGGAUUUACCUUUGUCUCUACUCUUUAAUAGUUUAUGUCCAUUCAUCAGUAAUAGAGAUCAAAAUUUUUCACUUUA